CUGCCGCUGAGCCACCUGCACCACAACCAGUGCUUGAGUAGUGAAGAAAUUUUUUCUUUGCAUGGAAUACUGAACGACACUCACAUAUCAAAUUCCAGCUUGUCUACAAUAUGUCCUGCUAUUUUGCAACAGCUGGUUUUUCACCCAUGUGAUCUUCAGGAAAACUUCGUGGAUACAUCUAAACCACAUUCUUCACAAGUUUGGGGAUUUGGAUUCCUGGCUGUGACUAUAAUUAACUUGGCAUCACUUCUGGGAUUUAUUUUAACUCCUCUCUUAAAGAAGUCGUAUUUCCCCAAGGUUUUAACCUACUUUGUGGGUUUGGCCAUUGGUACUCUAUUUUCCAAUGCAAUUUUCCAGCUCAUUCCAGAGGCGUUUGGGUUCGACCCAAAAGUAGAUAACUAUGUUGAGAAAGCAGUUGCUGUGUUUGGUGGAUUCUAUAUUCUCUUUUUUGUGGAAAGGAUUCUUAAAGUGAUACGAAAGAUCUAUAACCAGACUGGCCAUAGUGACCUAAAAAAUGGUGAAGAGAAUCAUUCCCAGGAUAAGACUAACCCCCCCAAACCACUAUCAUCCAGCAAUGGGGGGGCAUGUUAUGCAAAUUCAGCUGUCGUAGAGAGCAAUGGAAAUCUUGGUUUUGACAGCAUCAGUGUGGUCUCUGCACAGGGAGAAGCCACCCAAAGUGGCUUAUGCAAGUGUCUUAAAGGGCGUCCACUGUCAAAGAUUGGGAGCAUUGCUUGGAUGGUAACACUGAGUGAUGCUGUACAUAAUUUCAUAGAUGGUUUGGCUAUUGGUGCUGCUUUCACUUUGUCUCUGCUUCAAGGGCUUAGUACAUCCAUAGCCAUCUUGUGUGAAGAGUUUCCUCAUGAACUGGGGGAUUUUGUCAUCUUGCUUAAUGGAGGAAUGAGUACUCGGCAGGCUCUGUUUUUCAAUUUUCUGUCUGCAUGUUCUUGUUACAUUGGGAUGGCUUUUGGUAUAUUAGUAGGGAACAACUUUGCUCCUAACAUCAUCUUUGCUAUAGCUGGUGGAAUGUUCCUGUACAUCUCUCUGGCAGAUAUGUUCACAGAAAUGAAUGAUAUGCUGCGAGAGAAAGUGACAGGAACAAAGAUGGACCUUACAUUCUUCGUUAUUCAGAAUGCUGGUUUACUGACAGGGUUUACUGCUAUCCUGAUGAUUACCCUGUAUGCAGGAAAUAUUGAGCUGUGA